AUGGACUCAGAAUCGGAGGCUGAGAAAGCGCCUACUGUAGGCGAGAAGGUCUACAAAGAGCCUUCACAGCCGUAUGAUACGAUUUACAAUGUUCGUCCCUGGAACAAUUGUCUCAAUCAGUCUGAGAAGAGAUCAAGCGCGGUCGAGGAGCAUGAUGAUGAUCCUGGUCUGUGCAAGCCGGGUGAUUAUAAGCAGAAGCAGGUUGUGUUCAAAGGCAAGAUGCUUCUGUGGCUCGCGUACCAGUCCAUCGGUGUGAUCUAUGGUGAUAUCGGGACCAGUCCGCUUUAUGUCUAUUCGUCGACGUUCAGCGCGCCGCCUUCGCGAGACGAUCUCAUCGGUGUCCUCUCCAUCAUCAUAUGGUCCUUGAUCUUGAUGGUGACUGUCAAGUACAUCUUCAUUGUGCUCCAUGCUGAUAAUGACGGCGAGGGUGGCACAUUCAGCACAUACUCUCUACUCAGUCGCUAUAUGAACAUAACCCAUCGCGAUCCUCGAGAAGCCUCCCUUGUCCAAAUGAAAAGACACCUGUCGAAUGAUCUUGAAAGAGCCAGCAGAUACGCCAGGCAUAGCCUCGAGACAAGCAAGUUUGCAAGACACCUUCUGAAAGUGGUAGGCGUAUUGGCGGUCACAAUGGUUCUGGCCGAUGGUCUUCUCACCCCAGCUCAGUCCGUCCUAGGAGCGGUGCAGGGCAUUGAGAUCGUCUCCCCAAACAUCUCCAAAGGCACCGUUAUCGGCGUGACUGAUGCUAUCUUGGUCGUAUUGUUUCUGAUACAACCGCUCGGCAUCACCAAGAUGACGUUUGCAUUUGCACCAAUUGUGAUAAUUUGGCUGGGCUUCAACGCUGUGUUUGGCAUUUACAACCUCGCGCAUUAUGAUGCCGGCGUUUUCAUUGCCUUCAAUCCUGGUUACGCCUUCACGUUCCUUGUUCGACAUGGCGAGUCUGGGUGGCGCAUGCUGAGCGGAACCUUGCUCGCCUUCACUGGCGUCGAGGCUCUCUUCGCCGACCUGGGCGCUUUCAGUCGGAAAGCGAUUCAGAUUAGCUGGCUGUGCUACACCUUCCCAUGUCUCCUGUUGGCUUACAUAGGCCAAGCGGCAUACAUAAGUGUGCACCCGGAAGCCUACUCCAACCCAUUCUAUAAAGCAGCGCCGCCGGGUACCAUAUAUCCGGCCUUGAUUAUUGCCAUUCUCGCGGCGAUCGUUGCAUCACAGGCCAUUAUCACUGCCACAUUUCAGCUUCUGGCACAAGUAAUGAAGCUAUCCUACUUUCCCCAGAUCAAAGUGGUACACACGUCCGAUGUGUUCCACGGUCAGCUCUACAUUCCGAUCGUCAACUGGCUCUUAAUGGUUGGGACGAUCCUGGUAGCAUCGAUCUACAACAACACCACAUCCCUUGGAAAUGCAUAUGGUGUCUGUGUCAUCUUCGUCACCUUCUUUGACACCUGUAUGGUCUCGAUGGUGGCAAUAUUCGUGUGGCGCAUCAGCCCAAUCAUUGUCUUCAUACCUUGGCUUGCAAUUGCUUGUUUCGAUGGGGCAUAUCUCUCAUCAGCGCUCACGAAGGUUCCUACAGGUGCAUGGUUCACUCUAGCCCUAGCGACUAUACUAGCACUUGUGUUUCUCUUAUGGAGAUUCGGGAAAGAGCAGCAGUGGUUUGCUGAGGCUGAGGACCGGUUCCCUACCUCACAUUUCGUGACCAAAGGUCCAGAGGGUAGGAUGCGUCUCACCGACCGGUUCAACGGAGUCCCUCUAAGCACCAACCCAGGAGUGGGGAUCUUCUUCGACAAGGCGGGCGAGACCACCCCUAUCGUAUUCAGUCAGUUCGUCCUCAAGCUCACCUCUAUGCCGGAGGUAAUUGUGUUCUUCCACCUGCGACCCCUCGAGGCGCCAUCGGUCCCCGUGGAAGACAGGUAUACUGUUUCACGGCUCGCCAUCCCCAACUGCUAUCGGCUUGUGGUGCGUUACGGCUACAAUGAUGAGAUCAUGACUCCAAAUCUAGCCAGUACCAUCACGGAUCAGGUCCGCAGAUAUCUUAUCGAUAGUGGGCAUAGCAUGGAGCUGGAUGGAGUCGCAGUGAGUGGACAACGAUCUCCGAGCACAGAAAGUCAAGGAGAAAGCAGAUCGGAAGCAGCACAGUCCAGCAGCCUGGUCCGAUAUAAUGACCCGUUGAACAAGCUCGAGCGCGCGUGUGCGCAUAACAUCCUCUAUAUCACCGGCAAGGAGCAGAUGAGAAUCAAGAAAGGCACCAACUUGUUCCGUGGCCUGGUGCUGUGGAUCUUCUUGUGGAUCAGAGAUAACACUCGGGCCAAGAUUGCAUCUUUGGGUCUCGAGGCGGAACGAGUGAUUGAAGUUGGGUUUCUGAAGGAUAUCUGAGGCUGUGCAUAGGGGUGCUUACCAAUAGGAAGUGACCCAAGUUGACAAGGGAAUAUCACGACAGACUGUACAGAGAUCACGAAUCAUAGGCACGAACGACAUGAAUAUACAGUAUUGAAUCUAUGCUUG